AUGAAGCAGGGACAAGAAGGGGCAAUCACGAUGAUGCAUACACGUCGUUCAACGUCGAGAAGAAGCUCUAGAUGGCCUUCCUUCAGCUUCAUAAACAAACAACUCACUUUAGAAAAUCUCAGUUUUCCUUUAAGAAAAAGGCGUGGUAUAGAAGAUUGUAAGUUUUUGGGUUCUUGUCAUGGUCUUAUACUAUUUAAUGGAAAUGAGCAUAUUUACUUGUGGAAUCCCACCACUCGAUUUUGUACCAAAGUGCUUGAGCUUUACCACUUGGUAUGGAAUUGUUAUGUUACAAGUGGGGGACUUUGUUUUGACUCCUCAAAGAAUGAUUACAAGGCGGUGAUGUUUACAUAUGAUGGGGAUUCCCCAGAUUGGACUAAGUUUGUUGCAGUUGCUAGUCUUAAAGGCAAAAAAUGGAGGCGACUCGAAUUUGCUUAUGAUAUCAUUUCAGUCCAUGAUGGGAUUACAUUGCAUGGACGUCUUCACUACCGGGUAAGAGACAUAAAUUUUCUUCCACAUGAAAGUAUGUGGGACAGUUUUGGUCAUAACAAAGUAAUAUGUUUUGAUCCCAUCUCUGAAAACUUCCAUAUGUUGCCUGUCCCUGAGGCUGAUCAAGAAGAGAAAGAGAAUACUAUCGCUGCUUUAGGAGUUUUAAAUGAAUGUCUUUGCAUGACUCGUUUGAAACAUGAUAGGUGUAUUGAGAUAUUCGUCAUGAAGGAAUAUGGAAUAAAGGAAUCAUGGACAUCCUCAUUUUUGAUAAAGAAUUUAGAAAUAUAUUGUUAUGGGUUUGUAGCGCCUUUUUCCGUGACAGAGAAUGGAGAAUUUGCUUUGAUAAUAGAUCAAAUUGAAAGUAAAGUUGUUAUAUACAAUCCAAAGAAUGAUAAUAUGCAAGACAUCGUGAUCGCAGAUGUGGAUAGAUCUACCAUUAUGUAUGUGGAAAGCUUGAUAUCGCCGAAGGGAUACUACUGGUGUGAGAAGCGGCACAAAAAGUACUUUGGAAGAAGAAAGCAAGAUUAUUUUUGGAAUUAG